AUGACUGAGAUUUUACGCAUCCAGGGGUAUUCCCUCUUCUCCCUACCAUGGAGUGUGCAGUUCAUUGCCUUCGUCAUCGUUGCUUUAUCUCUUCGAUACAUCCGGAGUAUAUGGUUUCAGUCCUCAAAUUCGUUUCCUCCAAGAGUGCACACAUGGCUCCCCCUUUCUCUCGAUUAUAUCGCUCGCUCAAUCAUCUAUAAUUAUAAACAUCAGAACCUACUUCUCUGGGAAGAGCUUUUUGUGAAACACCAUCCUUCUGAGACCCUUGAAGUGAAGAUAGGUUCUAAGUCCAUCAUAAUCAGCCGAGAUCCAGAAAAUGUGAAGGCAAUACUUGCCACUCAAUUCGCCGAGUAUGGAAAAGGAGAGAAUUUCCAUCGGGAGUGGAAGCCGUUUUUGGGAGACGCAAUAUUCACGACUGAUGGCGACCAAUGGCACUCAAGUCGUGCUUUAAUCAGACCCAUGUUUGCAAGGGAUCGAGUUUCUGAUCUAUCAACAUUUGAGAGGCAUACCUCGAAACUGAUAACCAUUUUGAGCUCACCAAAACUGGAGGGUAAACCUGUCGACGUCCACAAUCUCUUUCUCCGGCUGACAAUGGACAUCGCAACGGACUUUCUGCUUGGAUCCAGCGUGAACAGCUUGGAUAAUCCAACCAAUAAAUUCACAGAAGCUUUUGCAACUGUUCAGCAGAUACAAAGCUGGAUCACCAUGGCUGGGCCAUUCCAAACCUUUAUUCCAAAGGAGGCAUAUAAUCAAGGGCUUCAGACAAUCAAUUCCUUUGUUGAACCAUUCAUCACAAAAACACUGGCACUGCUCCCAGAAGAGCUUGAGGCAGCAUCAUCAAAGGAAACAAAUUUUCUCACUGCACUUGCAACAUUCACUCGUGAUCCAAAAAUGAUUCGUGACCAAUUGGUUUCAGUACUGCUAGCAGCUAGGGACACAACUGCAGCCAGCCUAUCUUGGGUGAUAUAUGAAUUAUCAGCACAACCGGGCAUGGUACAGCGAUUGCGCCGAGAGAUACUGUCCACAGUUGGUCCAGCCUCUCAGCCAUCACAUACCGAUCUCAAAAGCAUGCGAUAUCUUCAGGCAGUUCUCAAAGAGACCCUGCGUCUGUACCCUGCCAUUCCAUACAAUAUGCGUCUCGCAUUGAAAGAUACAACGCUCCCGAGAGGUGGGGGCCCUAGAGGAGAGCUUCCUAUCUCGAUAAAGAAAGACACUCUUAUUGCAUAUUCUCCGCUUUCUAUGCAGCGACAAAUGGGGCUGUACCCUGAGACCUACCCAGAUAAACGCCCAUUUCCGGACCCUAGCAAAUUCGAGCCAGAGCGUUGGAUCUAUAAUGGAAGAGAUAACGGGGCCUCAACCGCAGCCCUUCCGGAGGGUGUUGAUUGCAAGACUGGCCAAUGGAUCCCAAAGCCAUGGACGUAUAUCCCCUUUAAUGGCGGGCCUCGGAUUUGCAUAGGGCAGCAGUUUGCCCUGGCAGAAAUGGCUUAUACUCUGGUGAAAAUUUUCCAGAAAUACUCUCGAGUAGAGCGACAAAUGGAAGAGAAAGAGUGUGGAGUGUUGCGAGCGAAUAUUGUUCUAACACCGGCCCAUGGAGUUAGAGUCGUGCUGUUAGAAGAUUCACCGUAA